AUGCCUGGACGUCAUCGCCAGCAAGUUCGAACAAGAUAUCAGCGCACGCUCGAUGAAAACGUUCGUCAUGGAGCGCUGACGGAUCAUGAGACUUGGUUGGUAUGGCCAAUGCAGAGAGCGGUAUGUUGGCUUCAGUCCUUGAUGUACGAUAGAGCAUCACGUUUGAUUUUAGGUGGUGUAAUGUGUUGGACAAGUGUACCUAUACUGCCGGUGACUGGACACCUGAAGAAGAUGAACGUCUGGUUUUGGGCGGUUCAAGUUUUUGGACGAGGCCAGUGGAUAAAAAUUGCCGAAAUCCUGCCUCGACACAGUCCCGCAAGCAUUAGCCAUCGUUAUAGUUCAUUGUUGUCAGCGAAAAUGAGGGUAAGUCAGUUAUUACCUUUGACAAAUGUGAAGGUAAGGCUAUGUAAGUCAAUGAAUUUCGUUGAUUCGUUAUGUGUUCAUUUCAUAAGGCCUUGGUUGUAG